AUGUCGUCUAAACCUCGUCCAGUCGUCCCUCCAAAGCCCGCAAGGCUUUCUGUAAAUUCGCAAGGGCGGCAUUCGACUUCCUCGGUAACGAAUUCCGCAACAACAACCCCGAUUGAAAAAAUUUCAUUGUGCGAGUCUCCUCCAUCAACUUCACUGGAGCAUCCUUCUGACGAUAGAACGCCCAGAGCCUCUGAAAUAUUUUCAUCCCCUCUGGAAUGUCGACAAGCCAGAGCUUUAUAUGAUUUUGAAGGCGAACCGUCUUUUCAGGAACUAUCGUUUCGUGCCGGGGACGUAUUCUAUGUGUUGAAAGAACAGCUUUCGGAAGGAUGGUCUCUGGCCGAAAAGGAUGGAAUAAAGGGACUCGUUCCCGAGGCAUAUUUAACGUACACCACGGAAUUUACAGAACUUCCAAAUUCCACAUUAUCAGGCACACUAUCAAGCUCAUCUGAUAGAGAUUCGAUAAAUUCUGCUGAAAAAUCACCAAUGAAGAAUGGUUCGGUGUAUGGUUCCAUGUAUGGGUCCAUAAACGGGUCAACGCAUAGUAGUAGUAAGAUAGUGGGGAAAAGGCAACUGAAUCGAUUUAGUUGGUUUGUGACUACUGGAGUAGAAGAGUUUAUCCUCAAUGGUGGACAACCAGAAGCAGACGUUUUGACGGAGUCCGAAGACAACGAAGAAAUAACCGAAUCCGAUAAGCAUUAUAUUCAGGGUGGCCCAACUUGGCAAGAAAAGGCACCGAAUUUUAAAAUUAUGGUGCAUGAUCCAGAAAAGAGAGUUAAACUCGGAGGAGUUCAAGAAUACACCGUCUUUUAUGUGACAUCUAUGUUUUCAGGUGUUCAGGUAACGGUUGAAAGAAGAUAUAGCCAGUUCGAAUGGCUUUACAAUCUGUUGGUCUCUAAAUUUGGAUGUUUUGUAUUGCCAAAACUUCCUGAAAAACAAUAUUCUGGUCGAUUCAACGAGGAAUUCAUUGAAAAACGUCGUCGAGCACUGGAAAGGUAUGAUUGCAUUGUUCUCAUACGUUAUUCUUCUGCAACAAGUAUACUAAAAUUGAAAGUUCAGGAAUGGAAUCGGAGGGAGAAAGAAUUUGAAUCAGAUAAACUUGUUGGUCGCGCAUUUUUUUCGCAUGUUUAUCAUCCGGAAUUUAACGUGGAUGACGGGCAAGAACUCUAA